AUGGCAAUGCAGGGCUGUUGCCACCAUACAGGGCGUCCCGGCCAGUCAACAUUUGUUGCGUCUUUUUUUUCUUACGCAACAGUUGGGGGUAUGAGACGACCAGCUUUCCCCAAUCCAGACGCCAUCUCCGAGGAUGAUCGGCGUCAUCCUGCAUGGAGCUCAUGUUCAUGUGAAAACUUUUUUCCAUCAGGGUCCCAAUCUAGUUUAGGUAGGUGA